CGCGGCAGGCGGCGAGUGCCGGCCGCCGGGGGAGGGCUCGCUUCGCCCGGCCGCCGCCGCCUCCCGCCGCCGGGCGCCCGAGCGGAGCGGCGCGGCGGGCUGGGCGCCCCGACAUGGCGGCCAGGAGCGCCCCGAGCUGCCACCUGCGGCUCGAGUGGGUGUACGGCUACCGGGGCCACCAGUGCCGCAACAACCUCUACUACACGGCGGCCAAGGAGAUCGUGUACUUCGUGGCGGGCGUCGGCGUGGUGUACAGCCCGCGCGAGCACCGGCAGAAGUUCUACCGGGGCCACAGCGACGACAUCAUCAGCCUUGCAUUGCACCCGGAACGAGCACUGGUGGCAACAGGACAAGUUGGGCGAGAGCCUUAUAUCUGUAUCUGGGACUCGUGCACUGUGCAGACCGUGUCAGUUCUGAAGGACGCUCAUACACAUGGUAUAGCUUGCUUAGCAUUCGACUUAGAUGGGCAGCGCUUGGUUUCAGUUGGACUUGAUUCAAAGAAUGCAGUUUGCGUUUGGGACUGGAAAAGAGGGAAAAUGUUAUCUAUGGCUCCAGGUCACACAGAUAGAAUAUUUGAUAUUUCUUGGGAUUUGUACCAGCCAAAUAAACUUGUCAGCUGUGGUGUAAAACAUAUCAAGUUCUGGAGUUUAUGUGGAAAUGCUCUGACCCCAAAACGAGGGGUCUUUGGGAAGACUGGUGACCUUCAGACCAUCUUGUGCCUGGCCUGUGCAAGGGAUGAAUUAACAUAUUCUGGAGCACUCAAUGGGGAUAUAUAUGUUUGGAAAGGAAUCAAUCUUAUACGAACAAUACAAGGAGCUCAUACUGCAGGAAUUUUUAGCAUGAAUGCUUGUGAAGAAGGCUUUGCUACUGGCGGCAGAGAUGGCUGCAUUCGCCUUUGGGAUUUAACUUUUAAACCAAUUACUGUGAUUGACCUCAGGGAAACAGACCAGGGGUACAAAGGUUUGUCUGUGAGGAGUGUGUGUUGGCGAGGAGACCACAUUCUAGUUGGAACACAGGACGGCGAAAUUUUUGAAAUUGUGGUUCAUGAAAGAAACAAGCCUUUCCUAAUUAUGCAAGGGCAUUGUGAAGGCGAGUUGUGGGCACUUGCUGUCCAUCCUACUAAACCUUUGGCCGUGACUGGAAGCGAUGACCGUUCAGUCAGAAUAUGGAGCCUGGUUGAUCAUGCACUAAUAGCAAGGUGUAAUAUGGAAGAACCAAUUCGUUGUGCAGCUGUAAAUGUAGAUGGGAUCCAUCUUGCCCUUGGAAUGAAGGAUGGCUCGUUCACUGUACUUAGAGUAAGAGAUAUGACAGAAGUUGUGCAUAUUAAAGAUCGGAAGGAGGCAAUUCAUGAGCUAAAAUAUUCACCAGACGGAACUCACCUCGCUGUGGGCUGCAAUGACGGCUCCGUUGGUAUCUACGGGGUUGCCCAGCGCUAUAAGAGGUGCGGGGAGUGUGCUGGAUCGCUCAGUCUCAUCACUCAUCUAGACUGGUCCUCAGACAGUAGAUAUUUACAGACAAACGAUGGGAAUGGCAAAAGACUGUUCUACAGGAUGCCAGGAGGAAAAGAAGUGGCAAGUAAAGAAGAAAUAAAAGGUGUUCAUUGGGCUUCAUGGACAUGCGUUUCAGGCCUUGAAGUAAAUGGAAUUUGGCCCAAGUAUUCAGAUAUUAAUGAUAUAAACUCAGUAGAUGGGAAUUAUAUUGGCCAAGUUUUAGUUACAGCUGAUGACUAUGGAAUUGUAAAAUUAUUUCGAUAUCCUUGCUUAAGAAAAGGGGCCAAGUUUAAAAAAUAUAUUGGCCAUUCAGCUCAUGUAACUAAUGUGAGAUGGUCACAUGAUUAUCAGUGGGUUAUUUCUAUUGGUGGAGCAGAUCACUCUGUCUUUCAGUGGAAAUUUAUUCCUGAAAGAAAACUAAAGGAUGCUCUUCACAUAGCACCCCAAGAAAGUCUUGCAGACUCUAAUAGUGAUGAAUCAGAUUCAGACCUGUCUGAUGUUCCAGAACUGGAUUCUGAAAUUGAGCAAGAGACCCAGCUCACUUACCGUCGGCAGGUUUACAAAGAAGAUCUACCUCAGCUUAAAGAACAAUACAAAGAGAAACAAAAAAGUGGUACUUCUAAAAGAAGAGAGCGGGCUCCAGGAAAUAGUAUUCGGUUACACUUUGUUCACGGUUACAGAGGUUAUGACUGUCGAAGUAAUCUGUUUUAUACUCAAAUUGGUGAAAUUGUAUACCAUGUGGCAGCAGUGGGUGUCAUUUAUAAUCGACAACAGAACACACAGCGUUUUUACCUGGGUCACGAUGAUGACAUUCUCUGCCUGGCUCUUCAUCCUGUGAAAGACUACGUGGCAACAGGCCAGGUAGGUAGGGAUCCCUCAAUUCACAUAUGGGACACGGAAACCAUUAAACCAUUGUCGAUAUUAAAGGGCUACCACCAAUAUGGUGUCUGUGCUGUUGAUUUCUCAGCGGAUGGGAAACGUUUGGCUUCAGUUGGCAUAGAUGAUAGCCACACUGUUGUGCUGUGGGACUGGAAGAAAGGAGAGAAACUUUCAGUAGCAAGAGGAAGUAAAGAUAAGAUUUUUGUUGUAAAAAUGAACCCGUACGUGCCCGAUAAAUUGAUUACAGCUGGAAUUAAACACAUGAAAUUUUGGCAUAGAGCAGGGGGAGGAUUGAUUGGAAGAAAAGGCUACGUGGGCACCCUGGGGAAAAGUGACACCAUGAUGUGUGCAGUAUACGGAUGGACUGAAGAGAUGGCUUUUUCUGGAACGUCCACAGGAGACGUGUGUAUCUGGCGAGACAUCUUUCUUGUAAAGACAGUUAAAGCACAUGAUGGACCAGUGUUCAGUAUGCAUGCAUUGGAAAAAGGGUUCGUAACUGGAGGGAAAGAUGGGGUAGUUGCUCUUUGGGAUGACUCCUUUGAAAGAUGUCUCAAGACCUACGCUAUAAAAAGAGCUGCUUUGGCCCCAGGAUCUAAAGGUCUUCUCUUGGAAGAUAACCCAUCUAUACGUGCCAUAUCAUUAGGACAUGGUCAUAUUUUAGUUGGCACAAAGAAUGGUGAAAUACUAGAAGUGGAUAAAAGUGGCCCAAUAACACUUCUGGUCCAGGGGCACAUGGAAGGAGAGGUGUGGGGUUUGGCUACACAUCCUUAUCUGCCCAUCUGUGCUACUGUAAGUGAUGAUAAGACCUUGAGAAUAUGGGAUCUUUCUCCUAGUCAUUGUAUGCUGGCCGUCCGGAAACUUAAAAAAGGUGGGAGGUGUUGCUGUUUUUCUCCUGAUGGUAAAGCUUUAGCUGUAGGUCUCAAUGAUGGAAGUUUCUUAAUGGCAAAUGCAGAUACUCUAGAAGAUCUUGUCUCUUUUCACCACAGAAAAGAUGUUAUUUCAGAUAUUCGAUUUUCACCAGGUUCUGGGAAAUAUCUUGCUGUAGCAUCGCAUGAUAGCUUUAUAGAUAUAUACAAUGUCAUGAGCAGUAAGCGAGUAGGAAUAUGCAAAGGCGCUACCAGUUACAUAACCCAUGUCGACUGGGAUAUUAGAGGAAAGCUUUUACAGGUCAACACUGGUGCUAAAGAACAGUUAUUCUUUGAAGCUCCCAGAGGGAAAAAACAAACCAUUCCCAGUGGAGAGGCAGAAAAAAUUGGUUGGGCAUCAUGGACAAGUGUGCUUGGUUUAUGCUGUGAGGGAAUUUGGCCAGUAAUUGGAGAAGUCACGGACGUAACUGCCUCUUGCCUCACCAGUGACAAAACAGUCCUAGCGACUGGGGAUGAUUUGGGAUUUGUGAAGUUAUUUAGAUAUCCUGCUAAAGGAAAAUUUGGAAAGUUUAAGAGGUACGUGGCCCAUAGUACACACGUCACAAAUGUUCGCUGGACUUACGAUGACAGCAUGUUGGUUACCUUGGGAGGCGCAGAUAUGUCUCUAAUGGUUUGGACAAAUGAAAUGGAGGGCUGUCGAGAAAAAAGACCUUGUGAUAGCGAAGAAUCUGAUAUAGAUUCUGAAGAAGAUGGGGGCUAUGACAGUGAUGUCACAAGGGAGAAUGAAAUCAGUUACAACAUCAGAGCCUUAUCAACAAGUAUUCGCCCAAUGUUUGGAAUCAAGCCUCAUUUGCAACAAAAAGAACCCUCAACUGAUGAGAGGCCUCCGGUGAGCAGGGCCCCGCCACAACCAGAAAAACUCCAGACCAACAACGUUGGCAAGAAAAAGAGGCCCAUAGAGGACCUUGUGUUGGAGCUUGUUUUUGGCUAUCGAGGCAGAGACUGCAGGAAUAAUGUCCAUUAUUUAAAUGAUGGUGAUGAUAUAAUUUAUCACACUGCAUCUGUUGGAAUUCUUCACAAUGUUGCUACAGGGACUCAGAGUUUUUAUCAGGAACAUAAUGAUGAUAUUCUGUGCCUCACUGUAAAUCAGCACCCCAAAUUUAUCAACAUAGUGGCAACUGGCCAAGUAGGUGAUUUGGCAGACAUGUCAGGUCCUGCCACACUGCACGCGUAUGUCUCAGCCGUCAGAAAUUAAGACAAGACACCAGAUUCCUUUCCCACACAAAUUUGCAGCAAGUAUAUUUUCUGGGCUCAAAUUUCAGUUCCAGCAGCAUUGUUUUUAGAUCUUGAUACAAGUGUAAAGAAAAUUGCCAUAUUUAAAAAAUCUGUUUAACUGUACAGUUGAGGAACUUCCACCUAAUGUUCAAUUUGUAGUUAUUAUUCUGCAAUAUAAUACAUGCUAAAAAGACAAACAUCAGGCCAGAACUCUAAUACAGUUUUCUGAAUGCCUUCCAAGUGAUUAACAUAUUCAGUUAAAAUCAUUUGCUUUUGGAUUGAUAUUCAUAUUUGACAGUACCUAUCUGUGAGACAUUGUCAGAAUUGAAAAUCAUUAUAGGUCAUCAUUAACAAAUGAACAUUUGUAAUUGUUUUUUAAAUAAAGAACAUUGACUUUGAACCCCACUUAAGUGAAUUAAUAUUCCCCCUCAAAAAAUUAAUUCUCAUUAGUAGAUCAAUAUUAUAAAAAUUUUCACUCAGUGAAUUUCAUCAAUAAAAAUUUUGUGGAAAUUUGUUUUCCACAAAAGAAAAUUGUUUUCUUGUAUUACAUAAGAACCUGCAUAAUGUCUUCAAUUUUGUCUCUUUUACAGUAACAGUUUGCUGAGUCCUACUCUAGAGGGAGACAGGCAAUAAAUAAGUACAUUUUUUAAAAUAGCAUGAUCUAAGAUGGUGAUCAACAUGAUAAAAAAAACAACAGGGUGAUAGCAACAAAGCAGUGGUUUUUUCAGAAGUGGUAAGAUCUAGCUAGGCCAAAAAUGAUACUAAACAGUGACGGCCAAAGGGUGGUCUGGGGGCUCCAGACUCAGGCCUGGUUUCAGACUCCUAGACCACCCACACCUUCAGAGGUCCUAGAGGAUCAAGGCAUGGUGGUCCUGGGUCUAUGUCUCUUUGAAAGCACUGCUCCAGGGGUCACACACAACCUGCGUCUACCAGCUUCUGCCCAGGGCAGCCCCCUGAAGACUCAGAGACCAAGAUUCGUUAUUGGGGGCUGAUCGCAUAGACAUAGAGCCGCAACGACUGAAACAGCAUGCUCCCAAGAGAAGGCGGGUGCUCGGUGCCCCAGAUGGACAGAAUGGCCUUAUCAACACAGGAAACAUUUCAGAAGUCAGGUUCUUACACGCUGGCAAGCAGGCCAUUCUAGUGAUGGUGAGUUCAGUCCUGCUUGUGUUCACUUUUUGCUGUGGAGGCCCUAAAGCUGAAUCAAGAAACAGGAAGGUUAGUGUGACUGGAGUAAGGCCUCUGAAAUGAACUUUAAAAAAGGUUGGGUCAGUCACGUGGGUCUUUGCAGGUCAUAGAGAGGGGUUUGCAUUCCUACUAAGUACAGAGUCCAUCACCAGAGAGUUGUAGGCAAGGGAGUUUAUGUGAUCUAAUUUAUACUCUGAGUACAUCACUCUCUGCACUACUAAGAAUACAGAGAGGAAAGAGCCUCCAGAAAAUUGGGAGGCUCUUGCAGUAGUCCAAGCAAAAGACAUUUUAAACUAGGGUGGUAGGAGUGAAAACAGAACUAGGCAAAGAUGGCUCAGAUUUUAGCGGUAGAUCCAGCAGUCUUUCUGAUAGAGUGGAUUGGGGGCAUGAUGGAAAGUAAGGAAUAGAGAGUAACUUAAUUUCUUGCUUGAACAGCUGGCUAAAUGAGAUAGCGCAAUACUUUGGGAGAGAGAGUUGGGCAGGAAGAAAUUAUCUGCAGUCAUUAGGAAUGAAGGGAGUGUAGGUUCAAAUGCAGGAAAACUGGUAGGUUUGGAGGUGGGAAAAUAAGGAAGAUCCUCUCUGAUGGCUUUUGUUGAUACUUCAUCAUCUGAGGGUGAGGAGGUGCUGAGGUAGUGGGAGAAGUUUCAAAAUUCUCACUUUGGAAUGUGGGAGAAUAAACGUGUGUAUUAGAGAGGGUAUAGUCUAAUUACCAUCUGAGUACAAUAGUUGUGUUUUGACUAGACCCUAAGGGAACAUCUUUUGUCUCUGGCAGAGUUUUUUCAGCCCACCUAAGACUGUGUAAGGAGGUAAGAAUCUGACACUUUUGAUCCUUAAGGCAAGUCAAGGAGAGAGAGCUCUGUCUGGAAUAGGUCACUGUUUGUCCCUAUAGGCUGUUCAUUACAUGACUUAGUGGUCUUCCACGGGCCCUCUCAUGACCGAAAAGAAGGAAAUUGAUCAUUGCCCAGGAGUGCAGAGGGAGGGUGCCCACCUGCCUUUGCUGAUUCAGGAGCCCCAGUGCUUCCCGGCCCUUCCCCUCUGCCGCCCGCAGCACUGGCCUCACCCACGCGGCUGUGUUUGUAUGGAAGUGGUGGGGUUAGAUGCUUCCUUGCCUUUUCAUCAAGUGGGAAGGACAAUAAAAUCCUCUUUCAAAACCAUGACCUAAAAUCAGUGCUCCCUGGGUCUUCCCUGGGUGGCCCAGUGGCUAAGACCUCUCACUCCCAAUGCAGGCAGCCCAGGAUUGAGCCCUGGUUAAGGAACUAGAUCCCACAUGUCGCAACUAUGACCCAGUGCAGCCAAAUAAAUGAAUAUUUUAAAAAAUAAUAACAAAUUAGUACUGCCUUUUAGCCUGAGUGAGUCAUUUUAAGAUGUGAGCAAAGACUUGAACUGAAUCACUGAUGUCAGGGGUGAGGGGAUGGGACGAGAAGGAUUGUAGGAUGUGUGGAGGUCUUACCACAAUGGGUGUAGACUAUUAAGUUGACUAUGCAGUGUCUUUCCCCUGAAUUGCUUGUAUUUGCAUGAGGGAGGCAUGGAUUCCUGAAUAAAAUCAGAGCUUUAUUAAGAAGGAAGGAAGGAAUGCUGGGUCCAACAUCAGUGGUGAUGUUGUCCAGUAUAGAAGAAGUGAAGUGAAGUUGCUCAGUCGUGUCUAACUCUUUGCAACCCCAUGGACUGUAGCCUACCAGGCUUCUCUGUCCAUGGGAUUCUCCAGGCAAGAAUACUGGAGUGGGUUGCCAUUUCCUUCUCUAGGGGAUCUUCCCGACCCAGGGAUUGAACCCAGGUCUCCUGCAUUGUAGGCAGAUGCUUUUUACCGUCUCAGCCAUUGGUACACUUAAUGGUCCAUAUUAAAAUCUUGUUUUUAAAAUGCACUGUUUACUAUGCUGCAUCAAGGCAAACUAGGGGAUGGAAAAAAAAAAUCCUUUAAAACUUCGAUUCUUAUGAAAUCUAUUUGUAAUUUUAAGAGACCCUUAUGGGCUCCCCUGGUGGCUCCAUAGUAAAGAAUCCGCCUGCUGAUGCAGGAGACACAGGUUCGACUCCUGGUCCGGGAAGAUCCCACAGGCCAUGGAGCAAGUAAACCCAGGUGCCACAACUCCUGAGCCUGUGCCCUGGAGCCCAGGAGCCGCAACUCCUGAGCCCACGUGCCUCCGCUGCUGAAGGGCCUGGAGCUCUGCGCAGCCUAGAGCCCGUGCUCCGCAGCUAGAGAGGCCCCCGCAGCGAGAAGCCCGUGCUCAGCAGCUAGAGAGGCACUGUGCAGCCACGAGGACCCAGCAAAGCCGUAAAUAAACUAAUAAAGAUACUUAAGAGAGAGAGGGACCCUGUGGCAUCUGUGUCCUGGAGAUGGAGAGUGAGGAAUGGUUACAGAUCGUUGGUAGGGUUGAUUCUCCGGAGAAAGUCAGUGUGGCAGCUAGGCGCUGACCCAGGGCAAGGCACUUCACUUCUGUGAGCCUGAGUCCACAGGAACACAGAACCGCCCAGAGGCAGGGAUUGGAAAGGACGAGAUGCCCCUGGUCACACGCCAAAUCCAUGAGACGUGCCUCUCUGGCGACCUCAGUAAGGGCAGAAGCAGGAGUAGGAUCUCAGCUACUCCAGCUUCAGGCAUGACCACUUUCAAAUUACAGGAGAAAGUCAAACGACAGAAUUUAACCUUUUGUAAGGUAGACCUUGAGAAUGUCCAGUAAUUUAAAUCUUAAAUAUUGCUACUGAUGUACGUUUAGAGCACUCUAAGUGUGUAACAGUCUCAUAACAUAGUCAUACCUAUAUGUUUUAAGAGGUGAAUUCUUGGUAUAAGUUCUUACCAUCUCAUUUGAUUUUUUUAAUAAAACUUUGAAAAUUUCGGGAAUUCAGUUUACUGAAAGUUACUUGCUUUGUAAUUUAUAAAAUAUUGAAUUUGGAGAAUAUUGAGUGUUCUUUCUUAAAAAUCCAUUAGCUACAUCAUCACAUUUAGACAAAUACAGUGUAUGGAUUGCCCAGAGUUUCUUUUUAUAGAUAUAAAAGCAUUUCUGUAUUACAGAAGACCUGUUUAAUAUUUGUCACUGGCAAAAAAUUAUAGAAUGAUCUCCGGUAUAUGUGUGUGUGUGUGCGUGUAUAAAUCACCUAGCAUUUCUUACUGAAUUAAGUUUACCAGUUCCUCAUAUCCUUUCACUUUUAUUGAAUGAGGAAUGUACUAAUUUUAGUCCAGUGCUUAAAUUAUUGUGAUCAAUUUUUCACACAUAAAUGCUCUAUUACGUGGUAAAUUUUUAUGUCUGUUUCCAUGUUGGUUUUAUUUUUUUACAGUUGCAUAAAUCUUUGAAUAAUUUUUACUUAAUGAUACUCAAAUUUAACUCCCUGGGUUCAUAUAUUGUAACCUUGUUUGAAGAACUGUCAGCUUUAAUUUGUCAUUGUAUACUGUAAAUUGUAGAUGGUGUAAAAUAUAGUCUAAAUUUAUCAGACUGUUUUCUUUAGAAACUAGAAUUUCUGUCUGCAUCAAGUGAUUUUAAGACAGCUUGUCAAGAUGUAAUGUUUCUCUAUUUUUGCAAUAUUUGUAGCAGAUUUAUAAUUUGAAGCAAAUGCACUUUCAUGUAUUAAUUAUUUUACUAAAAGUACUUGUGUCCUGAGACUGAACAUAAAUCUGUUUCUUUUUAUAGGGUGCAAUUCAUGAAAAAAGAACAGUUCAAAACUAUGGUUUUUUAACUUAGAAAAUUCAGAGAACUGGGAAAUCUUUUUAAGCAGUAAAAAUGGCUACAAAGAAAAAAAAGUAUAAUUUUAAAAGGAUAAGCAGUAGUAUUUCUCCCAUAAAAUCCUGUUUUUUAAAAAAAAAAUACUGUCUUAUAGAGUGAUAUGCACUUAGCUUUCACCAGAUGUAUGUCUAUUUGGUUGAAAAUUUCCUUUGUGAUCUAUUCAUGUGAUUUCCUACCUAUUGCCUUUCUCAAUUUGUAUUCACUUUCAGUCUCUUCUUCAUAUAGGUACUAAAUAUAUCUUGGUAUUUAAUUAUUGUGUAAUGUUUGUAUAUUUCUCCAUAAUAUACAUAAUUAUACAAAGACUUAACAUGUGUCUAGAACACGCUUUUUUUUUUUUUUUUUUUUGAAAAGUUGUUUAGAGUUGUGAUUGCCUAAUUUGUUUGUCUAAAAUCUAUUUUCUCAAAAGUGCAGUUGGACUAUAGCCUGAGGAAGUAGUCUGUAUUUUUCUCCCUGUCUCUCCUUUCUCUUUCCUUUCCUUUUUUUUAAAUUUAGUCUUAGUUUUGAGUUAUUUUUUAUUAAGUAUACAGUCCUUUGGUAUGUAUUUCUUCCAUGUUUCAGACAUAAGUAUGCAUCAGCCUUAGUAAUGGAAACGUCUAUAACAGGUGUAUCACAGCUUU